AUGCAGGCCACUCGAGCUUUGCGCCAGGCCGCCCACGCCGCCGAGCGUACCCCAUUGAUCAGAUUCGUCGGCAGGCGCCACGAGAUCCCAGCCAAGGUUGACCACAGCCCGCAACCACACCCGGCCUCGCCCACCGGCUCGCUGCCCUCGGGCUUCGGCUCCGGCAACGGCAACUCGCACAUGUCCUUCAGCAGCUACCGCGACUCGGCCCAGCAGCACGGCCCCCUGCGCAAGAGCGUCGGCCUCAUCGGCGGCCAGCCCGGCGCCAAGCUGGGCCCCGUCGAGGCCCCCAAGGGCCAGUUCUUCGACCGCAGCGAGCUGCCCGCCCGCUUCCGCCGCGCCCCCAUCGACCUCAGCGAGAUCGAGGCCGUCGAGAGCGGCGGUGCUGCUCUCUUCGGUUGA